AUGAACAAUCCAAAUAGAAAGUGGAUGUAUGAAAGAAAAGAUAAUUGUAGUUGUGUAUCGCUUGUUUUCGUACAAGGAGUGAAAAAAUUUAUAGAUUUUGCUACCAGUCAACAUAGGUUCAUGGACGAAGAUAAAAGCAAAUGCCCAUGCAUCAAAUGUCGUAACAUACCAUAUCGAGACGUUGAUAUUGUUAAUCAUCAUUUGUACAAGUCAGGUUUUCUUGAGGAAUAUUGGUUUUGGGAUAAACAUGGUGAAACAUCCAUUGAUGAUGACAAUAUGUUUUUAGGGGUGGAUGAUUCGAACACAAAUUUUAAUGAAGUCGAUAAAGAAUUGUGGUCUGGAUUAACAAAAGUGACACAGAUAUCUGCUGUAGCUAGACUAUUGAAUAUAAAAUCAGAGUAUCACAUACCUGUGCAAAGUUAUGAUGUUAUCUACCAGUUGAUAAAUGAUGUGUUACCAGAGGGGAAUAAUAUGGUAGGUAGUUUAUUCGAGAGCAAAAGGUUAAUACAAGCACUAGGUUUGCCUAUGGAGAUGAUUGAUUGCUGCAGGUACAAACGGUCAAAAAAUUUGGCCAAAUGUUCUCACGUAUCCUUUAAGAAAAUGAAUUACUUUCCUUUGACUCCAAGGUUGAAGAGACUGUAUGCUUCACAAGCCAUAACCGCUUCCAUGCGAUGGCACUCCGAGAAUCAUGGACAUGAUGCUAGAGUAAUGUGCCAUCUAUCCGAUUCAGAAGCUUGGAAGCACUUUGACAAAAUUCAUCAUUCAUUUGCAACAGAAAUACCUUUGAUGUGGAAAAUAAGCGAUUUUAUAGCAUAUGAAAUGUUGUCUGGAUGGUUGACAGCAGGUAAGAUGGCAUGUCCACAUUGUGGGAAACAUACACAUGCAUUCAGACUAAAGAAUGGUAAUAAGAUGUCAUGCUUUGACUGUCAUAGAAGACUUCUACAGGUAAUUCACCCAUAUAGAAAGGAUAAAUAUAAGUUCAAGAAGAAUCGUGUAGUGACAGAAGGUCCUCAUCUAAGUAAGAAUGAUGAACAAACUUUAAGGGAGAUUGAACAAUUAGGUUUGGUAAAAGUGACUGAACUAAAUGUUGAUGAUGUAAACAACAAAUGUGGCGAUCAUGUAAUGGAUGUCAAAGGGAAGAUGAAGGACAAUGUAGCAGCCAGAAAAGAUCUGAAGCUCUAUUGUAGGAAGGGAAAAGGAGUCGAAUAUAAUGAAAGAGCUUACUAUGCUCUGGACAAGAAUCAAAAGAAAGUCAUAUGCGAAUGGGUGGAGAAAUUGCGUUUCCCCGAUGGUUAUAUUUCUAAAUUGGGGAGGUGUGUUGAUUUAAUAGGGUGUAGACUGUUCAGAAUGAAAAGCCACGAUCGUCAUGUUUUUAUGCAAAGAUUGAUGUCAAUUGCAUUCCAUGAGAUGUUGCCAAAACAUGUGUGGGAAGCAUUAACAGAGUUGAGUAUUUUCUUCAAAACAUUAACAAUAACAUUAAUCAAAACAAAAGACAUGGAAAGGAUUGAAACCGAGAUCCCAAUAAUUCUAUGUAAAUUAGAGACCAUCUUUGUCCCUGGUAUUUUUUACUUCAUGGAACAUUUACCAAAAGACUUUGCUUUCCAAGAAGAUGAAGUUGAAUCAAGUGAAAUCAUUAUACCAAGUACAGCCGAUACUGACAAUUAUGAUGAUCACGACAUGUCAAGCAGUGGUUCAGGUAAUGAAAAUAACAUUAAUGAAGAAGGUGAAAUUCAUGAGGACGACAAUGAUGUUAUUCCUGACAGCGAGGGUAGUUAUGAGUAUAGUACAUCGAGCAAUGAAGAAGAAGAUGAUGAAGAAGAAGAGGAGGAAGAAGAUAAUGACUAG